AUGACCACGUGUCCGUACGCCAGCGCUGGCAACGCGAUCCUGACUGCCGACAGCUACUGCGACGACGCCACCUGCGUCCUCGACAGCUCGUGCCGCAUCGUCGCGCGCUACGCCGCGGCCACCACGAGCUUUACCGGCCUCAGCGCCCUCGGCAACCUCUUGGCCUAUCGCGCGACCAACCUCUCCGUCAUCAACGCGACGGGCGCCAUCAACGUCCAAGACGUGGUGCUGCCGACCACGCUGACGAGCCUAAAAAUCAUCAACUUCACAUCGCUCGAUGUCGUCCGCUUGAUUAAGGCCCUCCCGUCGUCGCUGCAGACAUUCGUCAUUUCAAACGCGAGUGCGCUCUCGUUGCCCGACACGCUGGUGUGGCCGAGCUCCAUCACCACCCUAAUGCUCAAGUAUUUGGGUCUACGCCAGAUCCCACCCCACCUGCCCUUGGCGCUACGCAGUCUAUCACUUUACAACAACUCGAUCUCGUCGCUUGAUGGUCUACCAACGACGUUGACGGCGCUGGAAAUGGGCCACAACAACGUGACAAGCGUGGUCGACUACGACUGGACCAACAUGACGUAUCUGAGUUUCGAGGCCAACCCGCUGCACACUUUUGCGUUCGUCCAGCUCUCGCCCAAACUCGUCACCUUUGAUCUACGGCACCUCCCGAGCCCCGUCGUCAACAUCUCGCUCAGCAGUGACAGUUGCGACGCCCUCGACCGCUUACCACGCCAAGCGGAGCCCUACGACGUGGACAACGAGGCAGGCUACGCGGUGUCGGGCAAUAUCAACGCCGACACGGCCAAGUGCGCGAGCAUUCACGGCGUGCUGCGUCGGAUCUGGGGAGCCACGACGAUUGAGCACGCUGUCCACGUCUGCGUUCUUCCUUCGUCGACACCCGGAACGAGUGCGCCACCGCUACGGUCCACAUCGAGUAGCACUCUCACUUGGACUCUAAGCAGCCUCGCACUCGCUCUCAUUGGCGCGUACCUGGCCUAUGUGUUUUGGCGCAAACAGCAAAGCUCGAGGGCGAGAGAUCCUCCCAAAGCGAACCAAGUGUUCGACGCCAACCCGCCUGUGUGGUCGCCCUCCAAGGCGCUACCGUCGCCCAAGCCGUGGCUCCCAUCGUCUGCAGAGCCCAAGCCGUGGCUUCCAUCGCCUGCAGAGCCCAAGCCGUGGCUUCCAUCACCAGACGUUGUCGCGACCCACGAGAUUGAUCUCUCGGAGCUCUGUGACCACCGCCUCGAAGCGUCGGACCUUAACCCGAUCAAACCGCUGGCCUCCAACGCGUACGGCGAGGUGUGGCUGAGCCACUUUGGCGCCGACGUCGUCGUUGUCCAGCGCAUCCAUGACAAGUCGUCCGAGAGUCUGGCCAUGUUUGUCGAAGAAAUCUUGCUCCGCGCCACGAUUGAGAGUCCGUACAUUGUUCAGUUUAUCGGCGUCAGCUGGCACCAGCCCCGCGACAUGGAGUGCGUGCUCGAAUACAUGAACCGGGGCAACCUCCAAGACUACUUGGCGCGGCACUCGCCGACGACGUACCCUUGGGCGGCCAAGUUGGAGGCGAUCGUUAGCAUCGUCCGCGGUCUCAUCUACCUCCAUACGUUGGACCCACCAAUCAUCCACCGCGAUCUGCGGUCCCGGAAUGUUCUUUUGGACUCGGAAAAGGGCACGAAGAUCAACGACUUUGGCUCGUCGCGCGAGACGUCCGAGCAGUCGAUGACCAACGGCGUCGGGUCCUACCAAUGGGCCGCCCCCGAGCUCCUUCUCGGAUCGCUCUACAACACGGCGGUCGACAUUUACUCGUUCGGGGUGCUACUGACCGAGUUUUCGACCCACCAAGUGCCGUACGUGCGGACGCUGGACGCGUCCACGGGUCGUGUCUAUACGCAAGACAAGGUGAUGCAGCUCGUCACCAAAGGCGAGCUCGUGCCGGACUUUGAUUGGGCGCGGUCGCCGAUCUGGCUCAUUGAGAUUGCGCAAUUGUGCUUGGCGACCGAGCCCGAGAAGCGCCCGACCGCCCUCGCCCUCGCAGGUCUCCUCGACAAGCACCAAUUCGAGGUCAUCGAGGCGUGA